AUGUCUGAUAACAUAGGUAUUAUUUUAGAUAGGGAAGGCCUUGAGUACAACUUUGGUGCAGGCGCAGCAGCUGGUGGUAGUGUGGCCUCAGGUGAGGAUGGCAUCAUCAAGGAACAAGACCAGAUGCUUCCGAUAGCGAACGUCGGCCGAAUCAUGAAGCAGAUUCUACCCCCGAAUGCGAAGAUCUCCAAAGAAGCUAAAGAAACCAUGCAAGAAUGUGUGUCCGAGUUCAUUAGCUUCGUCACCGGGGAGGCAUCCGAUAAGUGCCACAAGGAAAAGCGCAAGACCGUGAACGGGGACGAUAUUUGUUGGGCGAUGGCGGCUCUAGGGUUCGAUAACUACGCCGAGCAUUUGAAAAGGUAUUUGCAUAGGUAUAGGGAACAAGAAGGGGAGAGGGCUAGCUUGAAUAGAGCUUCAGGGAACCAAGAAGAAAAGGAAGAAAGAUCGAAUUACAGAUCUGUGAUUCAAUCAACGCCGUUGACGUUCAACGGCGUUGAGAGGAUCAAUAGCGCUCUUUCAAGGCCGUUUUAAAGGGAUA